AACCUCCAGUCGCUCAAGUACCGGCAGCUAACGCUGAGCCCAAAUUUCCCAUCACUGUCAGUCACGCCCCCAAGAUGACCGGAAGUACUAAACGACAAAUUGCUCUGCUGCUACUAAUUCUCGGCGGAUCGUUCGGCGAUAACCUGCGCGGGCUUAGUGUGAGCGAUUGGUGGGAAAAGGCCGGCUUCUACCAGAUCUAUCCGCGCUCGUUCAAAGACAGCGACGGUGAUGGGGUUGGUGAUCUGAAGGGAAUUACGGAAAACCUGGAGUACAUCAAGUCGCUUGGGAUGAAAGCGUUUUGGCUGUCGCCGAUCUACAAGAGUCCGAUGGCGGACUUUGGGUAUGACAUCUCGAGUUUUGUGGAGAUCCAGCCGGAGUACGGGACGAUGACGGAUUUUGAGAAGGUGAUUCUGGACUUUGUGCCGAAUCACUCGAGCGACGAGCAUGGGUGGUUCGUGAAGAGUGAGAAUCGCGAGGUCGGGUAUGAGGACUUUUACGUGUGGCAUGACGGAAUUGUUGGUAGCAAUGGGCAAAGAUCGCCACCGAAUAAUUGGAAUGAAGCAUUCCGAGGAAGUGCCUGGCAGUGGAGUGCGACACGGCAGCAGUUCUCCCUGCAUCAGUUCCACCGGAAGCAGCCGGAUCUGAACUAUCGCAAUUCGGCAGUCGUGGAGGCGAUGAAGAACGUGUUGAGAUUCUGGCUGGCCCUUGAUGGAUUCCGUGUAGAUGCCGUCUCGAAUCUGUUCGAAGAUCAACAGCUGCGAGAUGAGCCGCCGUCCGGAGAAUCGUUGGACGAUCCGUUACGCCCCCAAUACCUGAACCACAUCUACACGCAAGAUCAACCGGAAACUGUUAAUAUGGUGUACCAAUGGCGAGAGGUGAUGGAUGCGUAUCAAAAGCAGCACGGUGGUGAAACUCGAGUAUUGAUGACUGAGGCCUGGUCAGCUUUGUCAGUUAUUAAAACGUACUUUCACGAUUCCGAUGGACGGUUGGGAUCCCAAAUGCCGUUCAACUUUCAAUUUAUUCUUCACCUGAAUCAGAACUCGAAUGCUGCUGACUUUAAGACGGUGAUUGAGUCGUGGCUGGAUACGGUUCCCGUAGGACAUGCUCCCAACUGGGUGCUAGGGAAUCACGAUGUUCGUCGCAUUGCUUCUCGAAUGGGAGGAGAACACAUGGCUGACAUCAUGGAGAUGGUCGAGCUGUCCAUGCCGGGUGUUUCCAUCACCUAUCAGGGAGAAGAGCUGGGCAUGACCGAUACCUAUAUAAGCUGGGCCGACACCAAGGAUCCGUCCGCAUGUCAAACCAACGAAAACGUAUACGAACAGUACACAAGAGAUCCUGCACGAACUCCAUUCCAGUGGGAUGCUACGGCCAACACUGGCUUCACAACCGCCAGCAAACCGUGGCUUCCGGUCAACUCCAACUACGCGACGAUCAACGUAGAUUCGGAGCAGAAAGCGGACAAAAGCCACCUCAAAGUGUUUCAAGAGUUGGUAAAACUUCGCGACGACGACGAUUUCCACAGUUUUCAAUACGGGACAGCUGCGCUGGGCCAGAGCACAUUUGCUAUCAUCCGAACCACAAACAGCCGGACAUACUUCACGUUGGUCAAUCUGGCGAAUGCUCAGGACACGGUCAAUGUCGCCGAACUGUUCACCAGGUUGAAUACUACCAAAUCGUUCGAUACUGCAGUUGUUAGGGUGGCAAGUGUUUCUUCUAAGAGGACAGCUAAGGAAUCGGUUACGUUGAGUUCGAUUCAACUGGAUCCGUAUGAAGGGCUUGUAGUGCAAAGUGGGACGAAUCACUGUAGAUCUGUUUUCGUUUUGGUAAUUCUGGCACUUGCUGUUAUUUAUGGAUGGCAUUGAUUGAAGUGUUGAAGUAUAAAUAAAUAAAUCUU